AUGGAGAGCAUAAAAUGCAGCAAUCCUGGCUGCAAUGAAGAAGCUUUUUAUCUUUGUAACUGCCAAAUCCCAACCCAAUUUAUUUGUAAGGAGCACAUUUUCCUUCAUAUAUCGAUUUCAAAAGGUACCUCAAGCAUUAUUAAUACUCUCACAGAAAUAUUGAACUUGAAUAAUAUAGAUCAGUCUAAUCAAAACUUUGAAAAUAGUUCAUUGGCGCAAUGCAAAAAAUUACUUUACAUCGACAAGAAAUCUGGAGGAUAUUUUAUUAGCAUUGACAAUUUCAGUAUUGAAAAAUGAAAUUCUUUUAAGUUUAAAAAAAACUAUCCCUUUAAAGUUUGCCAAAACCUUCCAGCCAACAUGAAGCUUAUCCUUACUUGGAAUUUCAACGUUUUUGGGAGUUAUAUGCUUUUAAUAGAUUCAAAUGAUGCUAUUAUACUAAUGAGAAAAAUACCUUAUAUGAUUUCAGAAUCAGCAAGUCUGGUAUAUCAUAAUUGCUGUAUUUAUCUUUUUGGAAUAAUAACUGGGGCUGGCAAGAAUAUUGCUCAAGCGGUGAAAUACGACAUAAUUAGAGAUUCUUAUAUUAAAAUUUCUUCUUGCAAAGCUCAAAUUAUAAAUUGCACAACAGCAUGAUUUGAGAAUAAAAUUUUAGUUGGAGGAAGGAAUUAUAUUGGAGUUUUAGCGUAUGACCCUAAUAUUAAUUGCUAUGAUCAUCUAACAGAUCUAACUCUAGGCACAAGCAAGUUAAUAUUCCCAGGAAAUAAUUCGAUUUUUAUAAUAGAAAGUGCGAAAGAUAUAUAUGAGAGCGAUGGAUCUAAUAUAGAUCAUAACCCUAUAUAGAUUUCUUUAUCGAAAAAAAGGGAAUGGACGGUUAAAAUGCCAAGACAGACUCUACUAGGAAGCGUUAAACAGUGACAUGUGAAAGCAUGGCUGACAAGAGUGAAAAAAUUUGACAAGAAAACGCGCCAAUUUUUAAAAUGGCUUAUUAUUAAAUUAAUUUACCCGUUUUUAAACUCGGAUUGAUUAUUUUCUUAUUUACUUUUUUCUUUUCUGGAGAACUUCAAAAGUAAAUUAGGUCAAAUUAAGUAGAUUUUUAAAUAAACAAUGCCAAUUUUGUUUAUGAUAAAUUUCUCUAUAAAAGCCAAAGUUUAUAUUGAACGCUUAAUAUUCUUUAUGAAGUUUUUUUAACAGCUCUGUUGUGGAUUUUAAAAAUUAUAAACUUAUCAAUUGAAAAUUUUUAAAUAGGCAAUGCCAAUUUGCUUAUGACAAAAUGCUCGAUAAAAGCGAAAGUUUGUAUUUUACGUUCAUUGUUCUUUAUAAUGUUCUUAAUGGCUCAUAAUAAUGUUUUAUUUUUAUCAUCUUCAGCCUUAGAAGGGUAUCUUAAAUUUAAAAUUAAUUUAAUUAUAAAGCCAUUUUAAAAAAAAUAAUAUUUAAAAUGGCAAUUAGUGAUAGGGUCCUAGUCCUGUUCUCCAGGCUAGCCCUAUUAUCCGAGCUUUGUGAGAGUGUUCAAGCUUCUUGAGAGUCUUGGCUUGAAGAGAAGAGGUCUGUGCAGAGUCUGGUAUGGACUAGAGAAGUCUUAAAGGGUUUAUCAACUUUAACAGUUCGAUAGUUAGGCCGAUCCAUCUGCUGCUGUUCAGAGCUGUAUUGAAGCUGGACCUCAAGUUAAAGAGGAAUUAAAAGCACUGCAGUACUAGAGAAAUUUAAUAAACAUAAACAUUUUAAAAACUGGUGCGUUUGUUGUUAAUUUUUUUACAUUUUUUUGACAUGCCACUUUUCAAGGCUACCCUGCAUAAGAUCCAGCUCGUUCCUUUGAGAUAGUCUGUCUUGUUCAUUCGACCGCCCAUUACAUUUUGUUCGAUAAAGAAAUCUAUAGAGGGACAUGAGCUAUAUAUAUAGUUGAAAUACAAUCAAAAAAUCAUAUUUCCCAAGCUUUAAUAAUGUUUCGCAUAUGCUUCCAUAUAAGGACAGUUUAUAUUUUGUGCUACACUCAAAAUUACUCUACAGCUUUAAUUUAAAAGAAAAAGAAUUCAAGUUUGAAAUGAGAGUUGUGAACCCAAAUUAUAAAAUCUAA